AUGGCUGCCGGGGUCUGGAAGGUCUGUCCCCCUGUAGAGACGAUCCACCAGACCACGGAUCUGAAGGAUGGCUUCCCGGGAUCCUGGCCCCCAACGCCCGGCCAGGCUCUUGGGAAAGCUCAGGAUGUGGGUACCACCGUCUACCCAGCUAGACAGCCGGGGAGAAACCGCCUGGUGGAGACUGCCACCCAACCUGGGCCCGGAGCCAGCCUCCCAACCCUGGGGCCCUGCCCGUUCCCGAAGCAGCCCGAGGGCUCCAACAGCCAUGGGGCUCUGGUAUGGACGGCAGCCUCUGGCCUCCUGCUCUUCCUGGGGCUGCAUGUAGGGGCCUGGCCUGGCCUGAGGCCUCCCCAACGUCCCUGUGUGUAGUGCUGCCGCCCUGCCCGGCCCCCUGCUGUCCCCCACCGCACUGGGGAGCCGUGGGGGCUGCUGCCCCGCGUGCAUCCCACUGUGGACAUCUCCAUCCUCAAAGGUGAGAAGGGCGAACCAGGGGUCACUGGUCCCUCCGGCAGCAGCGGGAAGGAGGGUCUGCCAGGCGCCCAUGGCCUCCAGGGCCACAAAGGCCAGAAGGGGCAGGCAGGGCCACCGGGCUCCCUGUGUCCACGCACCUGCGCGGCCUUCUCGGUGGGCCAGCGGGAGGGCCUGCCCAGCACUGACCGCUUCCAGGCCGUGCCCUUUGACGCAGAGCUGGUGAACCUGGAAAGCCUUUACCUGCCAUCCGGCCGCUUCCUGCAUGCUGUGCCGGGCGUCUACUUCCUGAGCCUCAGCGUGCGCACGUGCAACCAAGAGACCUACCUGCACAUCAUGUGCCACGGGCGGGCCGCUGCUGUGCCGUACGCCAGCCCAGGGAGCACAGCGUCACACAGACCCAGGCUGCUGCUGCCACUGGCCACUGGCGACGCCGUCUGGGUGCGCGUGUUCCAGUGUGACCGCAGCAACGCCAUCUAUGGUGAGCACAGCGAUCUCUGCAUCACCUUCAGCAGCCACCUGGUCAAGCCGGCCACGGAGCUCUAG